GACACGCAGCUAGCACACAGACUACAAUGGCGUCUCUCGCAACGUUUUCUUGGAUCAGUUUGUAUCUGCUGGCUGUCCUCCUAGCGCCGGCGAGCGCUCAAGACCCGACGGCCGGGUUCACCGCCGUGAGCCUCAGCGAGAGCAACUUCCAGCUUCAGAAGCCGUACAACAUGCCGAGCAGCGCGCGGUAUAGCUUCGACGGCACGGUGCGGCGGAUGUGGGUGCUGUCCUCCGACGAGCCCUUCUCGCCACAGAGCGACACCAAGCCAAGGACGGAGAUGAGGAUGACCGGACACGACUACUCUUCCGGCGUGUGGCAAUUUGAGGGCUCCGUGUACGUGCCAUCGGGCACAUCUGGAGUGUCCAUCAUGCAGGUGUUUGGCGGCGGCGAGACGGCCACCACGUUGAUGCUGCACGUCUACAAUGGCGCGCUGAGGUACUACAACCAGAAGCCCGUCGAGGACAACAUCUACAACCGUUGGCUCCGGGUGAACGUGAUCCACGAUGUCGGGGCGUCGAGACUCACCGUGUUCAUCAAUGGACAGCAGAAACUGAGCGAACCCGGCCGCGGCGGCAACUCACACUACUUCAAAUUCGGCGUCUACACGCAGAGGGAAGCCUCCAGCCGCAUGGAGUCACGCUGGAAGAACGUCAGGAUCCUCAAGAAAAACUGACGUCCAAUAUUUGAUACUAGACCAUAAAGACGUGCGUUGCUGCGCCUGUUCAGGAUAAUAAAGAAAUAUACUAAUACUUGGCAAUAAUCAAGGUGGUUUCAAUAUCUGAGAUACUUAUUAGUAUUGUACUGAAAAUUCAACUCGGUGCCUGGGCUCAUCUACAUGUAAGAAAAGGAAAAUAAAAUGAAAAGCAU